AUGAGGAAGUGCAGUGUAAAGUCGAAUCAGAAAGCGCUAAGGGUACAAGGACGAUUUCAUUUCGACUUUAAGCAUCACAACGGCUUAUUCGUUCGUCAGUUACAGACUCUUGUGAAGCAUCGCUCAGAGGCUGGCGGAAACAUGGCUGGUUCUGGUUACGUCAAAUGCAUACCGCUCAACUACGCCUUGACGGAUAAUGGCAUGGAAGCGGUGCAAAUACUGUACAUUCAUGAUAGGCCGAUGAAUGACUCAGAAGAAGCAGAAACUAACAUGGAUCUGAUGGAAGACAACUUUAAUACUGAACUUAAGCAGUACCUCAUAGCUCUAGAAAAAGAAAGGUCGGAAUUAUCAAAGUUUAAAGAAGGAGUAGAAUGCUGUAGAAAGGUAAGUCAGUAUUAUAGUAUAAAAUAUGGCCGUGUGAUUUCGGUUUGUUACACUAUACAGCUACUUGAUAAAGAAAUAGCAAAGAUGAGGCGCGAGAUCUCGUUGAAUGAGGCGAGUACCAUCAAGGCAAAUGCCACCAUGCUUAGAGUGACGAUGUCAGAGAAGUUGAUUGUGCCAACGUUUCUUGAUCCGAGCUGUCGCUUCGUUUCUCACAUGCUCAGCUGUAAAGGGAGAGUGCUAAAGGAGAUUGAGAAAGAGAGUGGUUGCAAGGUUCGAAUCCGCGGACAGCAGAUACCGUUAUUGUGGUCGGGAGUGCCAGGCGAGUUUCCAAAAGUCGGCUGCAUCAAUCCGGAGAAUAAAUUACACGUUCUUGUGGAAACAAGGGGCAGCGACGAGGAAGCAAAACAGAAAAUCGACGUUGCUGUUAAUAGGAUAAACGAGAUAAUCGGCAGUAUUUACUUUUCACCUUCCAUGUCCCGCUCAGACGACUUUCGAAAAUAUCACUGGAAACAGAAAAUUUGA